UGCCCCGCGCAAAAACUCCACCAAAUCCCAUCCUAAUCCGCCGCUGCUACGUAAUGACUAUAGCCCCAGGACCAAGCGGGACGGCGACGAGGAGUGCGCAGUGACGCGGGCUACACCGUAGCACUCCAGCUCCAAGCAAAGCCACCACCCGGUCCCGGUCUCGGGUCUCCCCUCCAGAAAAAGAGAGCACACAGCGCAAAGCAGAGCAAUUCAAAGAAGAAAAGAGAAGGGGGACGACGGAGAAGACAGAAAGGGAGAAGAAGAAGAACAACAACAAAGGAGGUCGCGAGGAGUUCAUCCAUUCAUCCCGCUGCCGGGAUAAAAUCUUGUGAAGGGCAUAAGCAUCGGGAGUGGAAUAGACUAAUCCUGCUGAACAAAAGAACCCAAGAGAGAAUCUGCUCUGGAUUCAUCUUUACCUACAACGGAGGGACUUCUGCAGAGUCGGCGACAUCUCCACUACCAUGGAAGCUCUCGAUAGCAUGCAUCACAGCAAUGCAAGCAUACAGCAAACCGAAAAGCCGGCAUCAAUUCCUUCUGAGAGUCAAGAUCCAUCCCCGGAAAUUCAAGAAAAGUUACCUCACAACUUGACAGAGCACCAGGACUUGAAGAAUCAUAUAGGUCAUACCGUACCUGCAUCACCAGAAACGUUCUCCCAGUUGGAUCAAGUUCAAGUAUCCGGCAGUUCAUCGAAUGGCAAGAUAGAUCUUACUACUUCAGCAAAUAAGACUGAAGAAAACAAUACAUCUGAGAAUGGUUCAUCCGGUCAUAGUACUCUGGUAACAACUGAAACAAAAUCUAACGGGGACAACAUAGAUCAUCACAAGAACAUUGCUGCCAUCCCAAAUGAGAAAGCAGAAACUGAAAGUAAGUCUGAAAGGCCAUACAGAGGUCUUGUUGACACUGCUGCACCAUUUGAGUCUGUUAGAGAGGCUGUCACCAAGUUCGGAGGAAUUGUUGAUUGGAAAGCAUACAGAACUCAUACGUUGGAGAGACGCAGGGCAGUGCAACUUGAACUUCAGAAAGUUCAACAAGAUAUCCCACAACUCAAAGAGGAUUCAGAAAAUGCCGAGAUGGCAAGGACACAAGUGGUUGAGGAGCUAGAGAGAACUAAAAGACUUAUAGAGGAGCUGAAGCACAAACUGGAAAAAGCAGAGAUUGAACUGGACCAAUCAAAGCAGGACUCUGAACUUGCACAGCUUAGGGCACAAGAAAUAGAACAUGGGAUUGAUGAUGGAGCUAGUGUAAUAGCCCAAACCCAGUUGGCAGUUGCGAAAGAAAGAAAUCAAAAGGCCGUUGAGGAACUGAAGUUGGUGAAGGAGGAAUCAAGAUCAACAUGUGAACAGUAUACUACCUUAGUAAGAGAAAGCGAUGUUGCAAUCAAACGAGCAGAUGAAAUUGCUUCUGCUGCGAAGGAAACUGAGAAGCGAGUCGAGGAACUCACUUUAGAACUAAUCGCAUCCAAAGAAACGCUCGAGUCGGCCCAUGCCGCACAUCAUGAAGCAGAAGAACACAGACUUGGAGCAGCUUUGGCAAAAGAGCAGGAUUGCCUGGCCUGGGAGAGAGAGUUACAGCAGGCACAAGAGGAGCUACGGCAACUCAAUGAACAACUCCUAUCCAAAACUUCUGUGGAGUCCAAGCUUGUUGAAAAUACCCGCAGUCUACUUAGCCUCAAUGCUGAGAUGGCCGCCUAUAUGGAAAGCAAAUCAAGUGAAGAAGUUGGAGCAGUUCACGAGAAUGGUUCUGAUGAAGCUAAAGAAAUCAGUAGGUCAAUCCAGCAAGCUCUAGCAUCAGCAAGAAAGGAGCUUGAGGAUGUUAGAGGAAACAUAAAGAAAACCAAAAAUGAAGCCAACUUAAUACGAGUUGCUGCAGAAUCACUCAAUUCAGAGCUGGAGAAGGAGAAAGCUUCACUUGUUACAUUGCAACAGAGGGAGAGUAUGGCAUCUAUAACAGUUUCUUCUCUAGAAGCUGAGCUCAACAGAACAAAACAGGAGAUAGAAAUGCUAUACACCAACGAAGCAGAAUGCCGAAGAAAAAUGGUAGAGGUUCCAAAGAUGUUGCAGCAAGCAGCCCACGAAGCAGAUGAUGCUAAAGUGGCAGCUCAAUCAGCACAAGAAGAACUGAGAAAAGCCAAGGAAGAAGCCGAGCAAACAAAGGCUGCUGCCACAACUGCAGAAAUAAGGUUACAGGCAGCUUUGAAAGAAAUUGAGGCGUCUAAGGCAUCUGAGAGGCUAGCACUAGUGGCAGCUCAAGCAUUGCAAGAGAGUGAGGAGGCAAGAAGUGUUGAAGAUUCUCCUAGAGGAGUGACAAUUCCAGUAAGCGACUACUAUGCCCGUAGCAAGAGGGUUCAUGAAGCUGAAGAGCUCGCCAACAAGAGGGUGGAGGCAGCGUUGGCGCAAAUAGAGUUGGCAAAAGAAUCGGAAUCAAGAAGCCUGGAGAGACUACAUGAAGUGUCCAGGGAGAUGGGCCAAAAGAAGGAUGCUCUCAAAAUCGCGUCACAGAGGGCUGACAGCGCAAAGGAGGGGAAACUUAAUGCCGAGCAGCAGUUGAGAAAAUGGAGAUCUGAACAAGCACAGGUUCGGAAAGCUCAUGAAGCUGCGAAACAUGCAGUUAAUCCUUUGAGUGCUGAACACAAGGCCUCUUACCAGGGAGAUAAGGAAGUUCUUACUGAAUCAAAAUUGCACAUGUCAGAUAACAGCAGGGAUGGAUUUGUUUCAGAAAAGAAGCUACAGAAGAAGAAAUCAUUCUUCCCGCAAAUGUUUAACCUUUGGUUUAGAAAGGCACAGACACAAACAUAGAGUUGGUCAUAUGUACAGAUGUAUCUUGCUUUACGCGUGCAGCGUAAAAUUGUAAAUGGUGUAAUAAGUCAAUAAAUUGGUUUUCCAGAACCUUAGAAUUUGUUGAAAGACACCACACAGUAGGGUGUACCGUUUGUUUUGUAUGAUUUCGGAAAUUUAUUGGUACUUAAACCCUUUCUAUA